UGUAUUUUUAGUACGGACGGGGUUUCACCGUGUUAGGAUGGUCUCGACCUCCUGACCUCCUGAUCCGCCUGCCUCGGCCUCCAAAAAGUGCUGGGAUUACAAGCGUGAGCCACCACGCCCGGUCUGGAUAUCUUUUAAAAAGGCGAGGUUGGCUGAGGAGCCAGCAGCGCAGAAAUGGAUGUAGAUGUGGGCAUGUGACUGCCCAUCAGAUUCACCUGACUCAGCCUUUGGCACAAGGAAGAAGAGACCAAGAGGAACCUUUUCUGGCAGUGGUAGCCAUUGCAGCAAGAUAGAUUCCUGGGGCAGCAGUGGCAGCAGUGCUACUACUGUCACCUCAUGUCCAGUGAUAACUAUGUCAAAACUAUGAACGGCAACAUUUAUCCUUGGAGGCAGCAGCUGCAUUGGUAUUAUUUUUUUCACUGUAGCUGCUGUGUCGUCAUCCGAGCCUGGUUCUCCAGCUGCCCAGGGUUUUUGAAAGGUUUGUUAACAUGGCCAUGGUUGAAGCUUGACUUGUUGCAUCUGGAGCCUCAGCUUCUACAUUGCUGAUCUCUGUCUGUCUUAUCUGCAUCUGGGAUCAGGCCCAUGAGCAGGACAAACCAGUCGAGCGUCUCCUAGUUCCUCCUCCUGGGAAUCUCCAGGCAGCUCCAGCGGCAGCAUCUCCUCUUCGUGCUUUUCCUGAGCAUAUACCUGGCCACCGUCUUGGGGAACCUGCUCAUCAUCCUGGCCGUCAGCACGGACUCCUGCCUGCACACCCCUAUGUACUUCUUCCUCAGCAACCUGUCCUUUGUGGACGUCUGCUUCUCCACCACCGUCCCCAAGAUGCUGGCCAAUCACAUACUUGGGACUCAGACCAUCUCCUUCUCUAGCUGUCUCACGCAGAUGUGUUUUCUCUGUAUGUUUGCUGACAUGAACGAUUUCCUCCUGGCUGUGAUGGCCUAUGACUGCUUUGUCGCUGUGUGCCACCCCUUACAUUACACAGCAAAGAUGACCUAUCAGCUCUGUGCCCUGCUGGUCACUGGAUCACAGGUGGCCAACUUGAAUGCUCUGCUGCACACACUGCUGAUGGCUCGACUCUCAUUCUGUGCAGACAACACCAUCCCCCACAUCUUCCGUGAUGUGACUCCCCUCCUGGAACUCUCAUGUUCAGACAUACACCUCUAUGAGGUGAUGAUUCUUACUGAGACUGCCAUAGUCAUGAUCACCCCAUUUCUUUGCAUCCUGGCUUCCUAUAUGCACAUCGCCUGUGCCAUCUUGAGGGUCCCAUCCAUGAAGGGAAGAUGGAAAGCCUUCUCCACCUGUGGCUCCCAACUGGCUGUGGUUCUCUUCUUCUGUGGUACCAUCAUAUCUCUGUAUUUCAGCCCUUCAUCCUCCCACUCAACUCAGAGAGAUAUAGCAGCUGCUGUGAUGUUCACAGUGGUGACUGCCAUGAUGAAUCCUUUUAUCUACAGCCUGAGGAACAAGGAUAUAAAAGGGGCUCUUGUAAAAGUGAUUGCUCUGAAAUUCUUUUCUGUUUAAUAAUGAUAUGGGCUAAGAAAUUCCUAGAAGGAGUUAAUUUCUGAGAUAAUUCUGUUUAUUUUUUCUACUGUAUGAAACUUAGCAUUGUGUGUUUGUUUUGAGACGGAAUCUCACUCUGUCAC